AUGGUAUCGAAUACUCAGGCCAACCCUAAUAGGAUUCGGGAUAAUCAAAGAAGAUCCCGGGCUCGACGUAAGGAAUAUAUAAGGAGCCUCGAGGAGCGCUUGAGACUCUACAAGCGCGAAGGAGUUGAGGUCACAUCGCAUAUCCAACGAGCUGCGCAAAAGAUAGCGGAGAAAUAUCAGAAAAUGAGAGUCCUCCUUAACACUCUUGGAUUUAAUGAUGAGAGGAUCGACUGCUUUCUUCAAAAUGGCAGCAUAAAUCCAAUGGAAACUAUGUCCCCCGACUUUUCACCGCCAAGCACUCCUGUAUACACCAGCAUUGGUAUGAAUAUUACCGAACCCUCAACAUACGACCAAGCAAACCAAACUCAAGGUGAAUCAACACUGGACUAUACACAAGGCGCGGAUCAGCUGCCUAACGGGGCUCUGGCACACAACAACCAUUUCAGUACGAGCCCUGGUAUUCAAAGCACAACUAUUUACGAUCAAGCAGGCAACAUAGCGAUUGCAUAUUUAGAGUCGCCUCCUGCUCCAGCAAAACCUGCCGGCUCUACUAUAGCAGGAAGCCAGGUGCUUGCCACGGCUUUACAGCACUGUCAGAACCAAAUUAAUCAUGUUUCUUCUGGGAACUACGUCGCGGGCAAUAGCCACAAUGACACUACCCAGACUCUACUUCAAUUAUAUACCCCUACCCCUACGGCAGGCACUUGCCUUUUUUGA